AUGGAGAAUUCAGUUCCUUCUCCUGCCGGUCAAGGCAAACAAAAAGGGCGCCCGAAACCAGCAUACAAAGCGCACCUCAAAUUACGCGACAUUCCCCUUUCGCCCACCCAUUUCUGGAAGCAACCGCUUGGCGAGUAUCUAGCCCAGCAAACCCGCGACAAAACGUAUGACGGUACGAAUGAUCGCGAUCUCACCGUGAACGAGAUCGACGCGUUGGCUUUGAAUGAGAUUGCUGCAACAAAACGCCAGGGUUUCUUCCUUUUCCUACCCAGCCGAGUCAGCUGGAGUCAUCAGACUUAUGAGCCAGAGAGCCGUGGCCCAAGGCCAGAUGACAUACGAUCAUCAAUCCCAUCCUUAGUGUUCAUGCGAUACACUUGGAGCACGUAUGCGCAGAGUACCUUCUUCCAGAGCCCUCAUCGGGCGCGCUAUGUAGCCUGCGAUUUCCAACUGAAUCCUCCCCCGAAGCCGACACCCUUGUACUGCAUUCAGGUCGCUUCUGGCUCUCGCUAUCCGCUCUAUACCACGACGCAUACCUCCUUUAUCCUCUUACGAUCAGAUCCACUAUACUUUGGUAGCGUUCAGGACCUAGAACCUGUCAUUGGCCGGCCAAAACGUCGACCCAAAGGAUCUGAUUCAGCGCACCGCCUGGCUCAAGUCCAUGGAAUCUGGCAAGAACCGUCAGCAGAUCCGCAGCUACAGCCAUUUGCCUACACAAACCUACAAGAUAUUUACGACGCAAUCGUUACCACUUGCGAGUCUACAGUUGCUUCCUCCAGCAUGACCUCGGGUGCAUUGCUAAAUCUUCUUCCUCGAGCUCUAUAUCCGGAGGCUGGGACAACACUUGGUCAUGGUACGGCGGUCCUCAGCUCUCGGACCGGUGGUCGUUUGGAUCGUAGCCAACAUACGGAAGCAUCUGUCUAA